UGUUAGCUCAGGCUCCCUUGCUGAUGCUGAGGCUAGUUCUGGAUCUGAUGACACUGUGAUACUGACCCCUAGCCCAAGACAAUUAAAACAAGGAGAGGAACGUCGUCUUGCCCAAAUGGUUGAAGACAUCUUAAAAGGAAGCCCAGGAGGGGACAAGAUCAUGAAUGAAUAUGCUCGGACAAAGUACCUGUCAGAUAGCAGAAGGCGUGACCUGGUGAAGAUAUUGGUUGCUCAUAUGACAAAUGAACAUGGAACAAGCCCGCCUCGGCAUGUGAAGGAAGACUACGCACUGGGUAUCAUCUCCCUCUUCCCCUAUUUGGCUGACCCAAGGAGCAAGCUUGGCUAUGAACAUUAUUACAACGCAGAAGAUGGAAGUGGCUAUUUGGCUUGGAGAAUUAAAACUCUGCAGAAAGAAGCAUCAGAGGGACGAGUUAAACGUCCACGACCUUCACAAGCAGGUGGGCCAUCUGUUGAUAGAGAUCCUUGCAAGGAAGGCAAUUGGUUGAGCGAUGAACGCCAGUGUCAGGAAGCAAUUGCUCUGAUGAAGCACACAGCUGAUGAAUCGGUGGUGAAGGAAAAGAUGAGGUUGACCCUAGUCUAUCGCCAGAAGAUUCUGCGUGACACUGACAAAUCAACUGAUAUCCUAUCCUUUUUUCCAAGAUUCAUGGACAUACCAGGCCUGAUUGAGCAGGAUUUUGCACUUCUCUUUGGUGACUCAACCUCUGCAAAGCUGAUGGAGAAAUGGUCCACCAACAUAAAACCAAAAGUCAUUGCACAGAGCCGUGGCCUGACACAGACUGCGGAUCUCCAAGACCUCAUCCAGAAUGCUCUUGCUACUGAAGUUGAAGAAGGUUGGGACAGUGACAUGUCGUCCAUACUGUUGCUGGUCCACCUUCUACCACCCUCCAAUCCAGGGCGCAAAAGGCCAGGAAAGAUUUCCGCUCAUCGAGCCUGUGAUCAUGUGGUGAAAUUCAUCAAGACUGGUGCCAGCAUUCAGGGCCAUUUGGAGGGCAUCACACAGAGUGUCCAGCCAUAUCUACUUGCAGUUGGACCAAAGAAAAGUAUUAUCCAAUCUUACUUCAUUGUUGUUGACAAACAGGCCUUGCCAUGCAAGUCCUCCAAUUCACUGGCUGCAUUCGAUGAGCUUUUUAAAGCUCAUUAUGUUUUCGGUACCACUUACUGCCAUGAGCUCACAAAUGUGUUCACUUUCUUGCAAACAACCAUCUAUGACAUAGAUGUUGAAAUUACCAAAGUCAAUCCAAGAGUAGCUGAGCUUAGAGCACGAAUGCUGCAGUAGACAGAAUGAUUUGUUUCAUUUGUCAGAAGAGUCAUGCUGAUGCUAAUAGCCUCAUACG